CAAAAUUUUACCUUUGAAUAUGUCUACUAACCCAACACCUCAAAACAUUUUGUGUCUCAAAAACCUUGCUUUAAAUAUCCUUAAGAAUGGCUUCCCGGAAGUUAUUGCAGAAGGUGUUGAAGUUCUAGAAUUAGAUCCAUGCUCAAACUGUCUUGAGGAUUAUGUAAAAGAUCUUCCGCAAUGUCCUGAAUGUGCAAUGGAAAUUGAAUCUAUUGAUUAUACACGUUAUUCUGGUACUUCUGAACCUAGUUCACAGGAUCAGGCACAGAAUACCUCAGACCCAAUGCAAAUUUCGCCACAAAUGGCACAAAUGACAUCUA